GGGGCCGGCGCGGACUGCGUGGUGUGCGGGGACAAAUCCAGCGGGAAGCACUACGGGGUGUUCACCUGCGAGGGCUGCAAGAGCUUCUUCAAACGCAGCAUCCGCAGGAACCUCAGCUACACCUGCAGUACAAACCAGUGGAUUCCAGUGCAGAACGAGGUUGCCCCAGUACAGGCCACCGUGCAACGGGGCCGAAUCCCCCCCAGCCACUCCAGCAGCAGCCCCAACCCCCUCCCCAACGCCGAGUUCUCCAACGGGCAGCCGGUGUCGGAGCUGAUCUCGCAGCUGCUGCGCGCCGAGCCCUACCCGGCGGCGCGCUACGGCUCCCAGUACGCCCAGCACGGAGCGACUGGGACCGGGAAGGGAACCCAGAAACGCUCUGUGGGGUCGGGAUGGAAAUCCUCCGUGCAACGGGGCCGAAUCCCCCCCAGCCACUCCAGCAGCAGCCCCAACCCCCUCCCCAACGCCGAGUUCUCCAACGGGCAGCCGGUGUCGGAGCUGAUCUCGCAGCUGCUGCGCGCCGAGCCCUACCCGGCGGCGCGCUACGGCUCCCAGUACGCCCAGCACGGAGCGACUGGGACCGGGAAGGGAACCCAGAAACGCUCUGUGGGGUCGGGAUGGAAAUCCUCCGUGCAACGGGGCCGAAUCCCCCCCAGCCACUCCAGCAGCAGCCCCAACCCCCUCCCCAACGCCGAGUUCUCCAACGGGCAGCCGGUGUCGGAGCUGAUCUCGCAGCUGCUGCGCGCCGAGCCCUACCCGGCGGCGCGCUACGGCUCCCAGUACGCCCAGCACGGCAGCGUCAUGGGCAUCGACAACAUCUGCGAGCUGGCCGCCCGCCUGCUCUUCAGCACCGUGGAGUGGGCCCGCAACAUCCCCUUCUUCCCCGAGCUGCCCGUGUCGGACCAGGUGGCGCUGCUGCGGCUGAGCUGGAGCGAGCUGUUCGUGCUGAACGCGGCGCAGUCGGCGCUGCCGCUGCACAUGGCGCCGCUGCUGGCCGCCGCCGGCUUCCACGCCUCGCCCAUGUCGGCCGACAGGGUGGUGGCCUUCAUGGACCAGAUCCGCGUCUUCCAGGAGCAGGUGGACAAGCUCAACCGGCUGCAGGUGGACUCGGCCGAGUACAGCUGCCUCAAGGCCAUCGCGCUCUUCACGCCGGACGCCUGCGGGCUGUCGGACACGGAGCACGUGGAGGGAGGGUUCGGGCGGCUCCUGCUGCGGCUGCCGGCGCUGCGCGCCGUGCCCGCCUCGCUCAUCUCCCAGCUCUUCUUCAUGCGCCUGGUGGGCAAGACGCCCAUCGAGACCCUGAUCCGCGACAUGCUGCUGUCCGGCAGCACCUUCAACUGGCCCUACGGCGCCGGGCAGUAG